AAAAUCAGUGCGAGCCUUUUCCAAUUGCAAAGCGUUGGUUCAGCUAUUUUGAAGCAACGUUCUUUGUACAAGUUCCUUUCAGGAUUAAGCGUUUGUGCAAACUUCUCUGCAGAGACGCGUUUAACCCGUUUUGAUGCCAGCGAUGUGUUUUAACGGCAAAAUAGAAAAUGAAUGUGGGAAUUUGUUGGUGUGCCUUGAAUGAAGGAGUGCCUGGUUGGUCUAGCAUUUCCAUAUUUGGUUGAUCACAGAAGGUGGCUGGUACUAGCUGUGGCCAUGAUCCGGUAUUCUUACCAAAAAAGAACACACAAGGGAUUGUACAGGAAUAUACAAAAGACACUCAAGUUCUUCCAGACAUUUGCAUUGCUAGAGAUUGUGCACUGUGGAAUAGGUAUAGUGCGUACUUCGGUGCUUGUUACUGGGGUCCAAGUCCUGUCCAGAAUUUUCAUGGUGUGGUUUGUUGUUCACAGCAUAAGACCGAUACAGAAUGAAGAGAGUGUCGUUCUUUUCCUGGUCACUUGGGCAUUGACAGAGAUUACCCGAUAUUCUUAUUACACAUUCAAUCUGCUCAACCAUUUGCCUUACUUCAUUAAAUGGGCCAGAUACAACCUCUUUAUCAUCUUGUAUCCGAUUGGUGUUGUUGGUGAACUCCUUACAAUUUAUGCUGCCUUGCCUUUUGUGAAGAAAUCUGGCCUAUAUUCUCUGAGACUUCCAAACAAGUACAAUGUCUCCUUCGACUACUAUAUUUGUCUUAUCCUCAUAAUGAUUUCGUAUAUACCACUUUUUCCACAACUAUAUUUCCAUAUGCUUCGCCAAAGGAGGAAGGUGCUUCAUGGAGAGGUGAUCAAAGGAAAAGAGGAUUAAACCAGUCAUGAAACAACGGUGCUUUUCUCAGGAUCAUAUAUUGUUUAUAUCACAUUUACACUGAUGUAAACUUACAUUCAGUCUGAAUUAACUUGAUCUAAACCAACAACAUGUAAUAAAUGUAUGAAUUUACUGAAUUUCAGUUAAUGUAAACCAAUUGAUCUGAAUUACUAUUCCAGAUUGAUUCGAAACUUGUCUGGAUGGGGGUUAAAAUUAAACAGUUUGAAAUAGAUAUGAAUUUGAAUUCAAUGUGAAGAAUUAUUUUUAUGCCAUAAUAUCCAUGUUAUUUGUACCAAGUUUGCACACUCCGAGAUAGAAUUUACUCUUGAAUCAUAUACUGUACCUCGACCAACUAACAAUACAAAACUAAAUCAAUUUGAUCCAAAUGGAUUGUAAAGUUGGUGUGUAAAAGGGAUGAAAGCCAAACAAUAAAAAUCCCAGUGUUUGAAGGAUUCCGAGUUGCUAAAACUUGGAACAGAAAUAAACAGCGAGACAAAAUAUGUAUAAUGAAGUUACGUAUGAAAUAUUUGAAACUGUCUACCCCUAUUUUGGGAAUUAUAAAUUAUAUUAAUCAGUCGCUAAGUUUUGUAGUUCACUGGAGGCUAACUGAACAAUUAUGCAUUUCUUCUGCAAGGGUAACUAUUUGCCUUCUUCACAGUGGAUAUCAAACAUUCGGUUUUAAUAGUAAAUUUGUAGCAUCAUUCCGGUGUGUAGUUGAAAGCUCCCUUCUGAGGGGAGGAAGACCAUCUUCAUGCAUACAGGGAGAAUGCUUUCAUAGCUACUUUACGGAUAGUCGUUAAAUAUGGAAACAAUUUUGUCAACUUUAGUAGAUGCAAACUUCUAAAGGGUUUCUACAAAUCAAAAGGCAGCUCCAAUGCUAUAGAAAUUUCCAUUUUGUAUUUCAAGCUAUUUUCUACAGGAACUGUAUCUAUAUCGAAACAAGUGUACACGCUUACAACUAUUUACCACCUUGCCGAAUUAAAUAAUGACAAAUCUUGCGCAGUCCUUCAACAGAAAAUAGCUUUGUGAGGUGUGGAUUUGAGCAACCAAGCCCACCAACCGCCAAAACCUUGGCCAUCUCAUUGGACUUGUGUUUUGAUGUGCGAGGCACUGCUGUUGUAACGAUGACCCUGGUGUAUAUUGUCUGAUUGUCUUUAAAUUUGGGCUGCUAAUGUUCACAAAGUACAUUGAGAAAGAUUCCAUGAUGAAUUUUAUCCUUCUUGUGAUUAAUCCUGGUUUUGGACCAGAGUCUGGGAAUGUAUUGUUUAAAUUGGAAAUUUUGUUCUCAAUUUAUAACUUAAAUUUUACGAUGUAAAUAUGAAUUUUCUGCAAACACACAUCAGACUAGUUACCUAAUUUAUUUCUUGAACUGACUUUUUCUGUAACUUGGCAUUUUAUAAAGGGACAAAGUGCUUCAGUUUUUUCAAUAUAUUAAAUAUUCUGAGGUGAAUAUUAAACACUUGAGUUUACUCUAUCAAAA